UUUGUCCAGCUUGUGAUUGAUAAAUCUCCGGACCUGGACUUGAAAAGAACAUUCUUGUUUACUCUGUUGGGGCUGGUGUUAGUAGGUCCGACGUUGCAUUUCUGGUAUUUGUAUCUAAGCAAACUGGUAACAACGCCUGGAGCAUCAGGUGCAUUCCAGCGCCUUCUACUUGAUCAGUUUAUUUUCUCUCCUAUAUUCAUUGGAGUUUUCUUAUCAACAUUGAUGACACUGGAGGGAAAACCUUCACAAGUUGUUCCCAAGCUUCAACAGGAGUGGUUUUCUGCUGUUCUCGCUAAUUGGCAACUGUGGAUACCUUUCCAGUUUCUUAACUUUCGGUUUGUCCCACAGCAAUUCCAGGUCCUUGCUGCUAAUUCCAUUUCUUUGAUAUGGAAUGUUAUCCUCUCGUUUAAAGCUCACAAAGAGGUUCUUCAAAAAUAGGUAUGAAUGAAUGUGACAGCAGCAAAUGGAGCCUAUGCUGAUUCGAGGAUCUAUAACAAGUUCUGCUUCUUAUCUGGAGAAAUGUAUUGUGUUUAGAUAUGACACAGCUUUGAACUAUUCUUCUUUUUCUGUGUUUUGCGCAUUGGUUGCCUUAUUUUUUUGGUUUACCCUUUGUCUCUUUUCCCGUUUUCUUGUAUUUAGCUUCUAUGCAGGUGAAAUAUCAAUGGCCAAGAAGAUUUUUUGAUGAUUUUC